CCGAAGCCGCUGAGCCCCGCCGAGCCCGCCGAGCCCCGCCGAACUCCGCAGAGCACCGCCCACCUAGGCCCGUCGCCGAGCCCGAGCGCAGCCGAGGCCCAGCAUGCCGGCCAAGAGGAGCCGUCGAGGGUCGUCCGGAGGCCAGAGGCAGGCCCGCUCCCGCACCGCCCGAGCCGAGCUGUCGUUCUCCGUGAGCCACGUGGAGCGCCUCCUGCGCGAGGGCCGCUACGCCCGGCGCCUGGGCUCGUCCGCGCCGGUCUUCCUAGCGGCCAUCAUCCAGUACCUGACGGCCACCGUCCUGGAGCUGGCGGGCAACGAGGCCCGGAACUGCGGCAGGACGCGCAUCACCCCGGAGCUCGUGGACAUGGCGGUCCACAACAACGCGCUGCUCAGCCGCUUCUUCGAGUCCACCACCAUCUCCCAGGUGGCCCCGCCCCACGACUAGCUGCCGCCCCACGCCACCCGGGCGCUCGGCCCGCCCGCCCCAGCCGGGCCUGCUCACCGCUGCGGCGGCCCGGGGCGGGCUGGGGCCUCGGGCCCAGUGCCUCGAAGUCCCCACAAGGGGCUCAAGAAACCCGUGUGUCCAAGCAAUAAAAGCCAC